AUGACAGUCGGAGAUUCCGAUUCCUACACCACCCAAGACACCGGAAAACCCGCCGCAGACAUCACCUACGUCCUCGGACUCUCCUUUGCCAUCCUCGUCCUUCUAAUCACCCUGUCCUACGCUUCUUACUUGUGCAGCCGCCACAGACGCUCUCAAUCACCACCGCCUGACGAUGACGGCCACCAGCUUAUGGCAGUCUCUCGAGGUGUUGACGACGCCGUCCUCAUGACCUUUCCGGCGUUUGUCUACUCGGAGGUUAUGACGCCUCAAAAGGGUGCCGAUGGCAAUGGCUCCGGUUGUUCUAUUUGUUUGGCGGAUUACAAAGCGGCGGAUGUCAUCCGGUUACUACCGGAAUGUGGUCACUUGUUUCAUCGCAAGUGUAUAGACACGUGGUUAAAGGCUCAUCCUACUUGUCCGGUGUGUCGGAACUCGCCGUUGCUGAGCCGGCUGGCCGGGAUGGUCCCACUUCCGAUUCAACGGAGUUGAGUAAUGAUCACACAAAUCCAAUGCAAUCUGUGUAAGUGGGUGAAUUAAUGUUGUAAUAAUGUUUCGAACAUGAAUC